AAUAAAAUUAGGGUUUUAACAGCCCCCGUAUAAAUACCACCCAUCUUCAUUCAUUGGCAAACCCUCACCGGCGCUGAACUCGAUCCACUGCGGCUAUCAGCUUCUUGCUAACGAUGGGCCACUCAAACAUCUGGAACUCUCACCCUAAGACCUACGGUCCUGGAUCACGCACCUGCCGUGUGUGUGGGAAUUCACAUGGAUUGAUCAGAAAGUAUGGCCUUAUGUGCUGCAGGCAGUGCUUCCACAGCAACGCCAAGGAAAUUGGUUUCAUCAAGUACCGUUAAGGCGCUGUGAAGAUAAUGAUGAUGAUGAAUUAUGAUGAUGAUGUGGUAAGAAUUAAGAUAUGAGAUUAUUUAGUGAGUUGAAAUGGUUUUCUAGUAUGUAAUUGACUUCCUUUAUUGUUCUCUUGUUUUGGUACUUAAUGGUUCUUGAAUCUUUUAUCUUAAUGGGAUUUUGAAUUGAUCUUGGCUUGAUAUAUCAUGAGAAAUGAGAAUCAUGUGUAAUUUUC